AUGGCUUCUCACGAUGUUCUGCCACACCGCAGCAAGUCGAAACGCGGCCGGUCCUCCAACUCCAUCCCCGCCAGAUCUCCGGAUCACACCGCGAACGCGAACAUCUCCCAAACUUUAUCGAACUCAACCCCGCGGACUACAAGACCAAGGCUUGCCUCUCGCACCAGCUCCGCCCCUCUUUUACCAGCAAUAAAGGUUAAAACUCCCAAUCUCCUAUCGGAGGAGGACGAGGGCGGUAUCGACCUGUACAGCAUAAGAGACUCUGUAGCUUCAAUAAAAGACGACCCCUUCUUCAGGAACUACCAAACCCCCAACUCGGUAUCGUUGGCCCGCGAAUUGAGGUCUGCAACAUAUUCUGAACGUAUGCGCGAUGGAAAGUCCCCUCAUGAACCUUCCCCUCCGUCCCCCAAUAGAACUGCACUCGACAACUCAGUCAAUCUGCCGCCUCAGUCAAGAAGCGGGAUGUCCGACAUAAACAUUGCAGUUAUUGGAAGUUCUGGCGUGGGGAAGAGCACACUGAUUCAACGGGCCCUGAGCUUACGGUCCUCUCCAACAUCCAUAGCUUCGAGUCAGCGGAUGUCAGUGGACAAUGUGGUGUAUACUGUUAGCCUCAUUGAACUCGACCUCGAAUCUUUCGAUAUCGUCCCCGACCGCCGGAUCCAAUGGCCGAAGCAGAUAAACGGUCACAUUGUUCCCCGCAUGGAUGGAGCUUUGUUGUUGUACGAUGUCAUGAAUAGCGAGAGUAUACAAGAAUUACCCCAAACUUUAAAUGGGCUAAUGGCUUCAAACUUACCCACUAUCCUGGUAUCUUGCAAGUGCGACAAUCCUGACAAUACCCGCCAGGUCAGCGUGGAAACCAUGGAGGACGCCUGCUCAUCCUGUGUUGAGGCUGUGAAAACUGCUUCCAAUGUCCCCGAGAGUGCCAGGCUGUGUCUAUCCUCGAUGCUGAAAGCCAUCAUGGCAAGCCGGAAUGCUGCAAACUCUGCCGCUGAAAUCACAGGGGCCCGUCGCCGAGCUACCUCCUCUGCGAAUUUAGAAACCCCGCCGGAUUCUUCAAGGCCUCUUAGUCAACACUCCAAGCACAGUCGUGCGAGCUCGGAAUAUUCCCUCUUGCGAGGAUUUCCCUCGCCGCCCCCCGUUAUGCCGCGAGGAACCCAGUCGCGGCCCAAUGGGCGGACUAAUCUACAGCACCAAUUUAACCUUUCCCUUCCCGACCCACACGACGCCCCGCCACUGUCGUCGCAUCCGAUGUUUCGCCAUGAUGGCCUUCAAACCUCGUCCGACUCUAGCAGUAAUCUUGCGCCAGGUGCAAGUUCACGAUCUCCAUUGCCUUCUCCUAUGACCGGACGGGCGGUGGAUAAUUCGUUUCUUGAUAUGGAAGAGUCGGACGGGGACGGAUACCGCUAUUCGGACGAUAUCCCCAUUCUUGAGCGAAAUGAUGAUAGCUUCUUCGAUAAGCCUGCCAAAGUUGCGGGAGUGACGUUCGAUGAGCUCGUGGAUCGUCUGCUGGGUCAGAACAUGUCACGGGCCGACAACAACUUCUCGGACAUCUUCUUGUGUCUAUACAGAAAGUUUGCCGCGCCAGGCGAGCUAUUUGGGGCGAUAGAAGCACGGUUGGAUCGUAUAGCAGAGGAUAAGAACACUCACUAUCUCACGCGGACUACGACGCAGCUUCGUAUUAUUACUGUGGUUGCCAAAUGGGUCACAACCUAUCCAGGAGACUUUGCCAGCCCUAUGACAAGUGCUAAACUCGAUACCUUCAUCAGCGGGCUAUCUGGCGAGCCUGUAUUUGCUGCAGCUGCGCAAGAGAUGCGAACUCAAUUGCAAUCCCGUGUGAUCGAGGAUGACGACACCGGAUGGGCUCGAACAGAUGCAGACGUCGAGGUCGAGACCGGAAACAACGUCGAGUCAGCCCCUGCUUCCCCCGUUCGACGGAGAACAGAUCCCAGAGAUCUAAUGGAGGAAGAGGACGGCGGCUCGCACAUGGAUGACGAAGGGGAUGAGGAGAUGGAGCGGAAAGAAUCAAAAGUUGAUUCGAAUAUUUCUGGACGUGCAGACUCCCCUCAUGAAUCCAUAGCACCUUCUUUCCACACGGUCGAGGACUAUGAACGAGAAGCAGCCUCUAUGGUCCCCAAGGGCAAUUUACCCCUCACUAAGUUUCGGUACCACAUCUUUAUGGAUACCUCAGAUGACGAUUUUGCCGACGAGAUGACAAGAAUCGACUGGGUUAUGUUCUCUUCGAUCCGCCUUCGAGAUCUUGUCCGCCACGUCAGUCUCCCACUGGAACAAAAGGAGAAGUGCAAGAGUUUGGCAAACGUUAAUCGGAUGAUCAAUCACUUCAACCAUGUUGCCAAAUGGGUGGCUAACAUGAUCUUAAUGCGAGACAAGGCCAAACACAGAGCUUUGAUGUUAGAGAAAUUCAUGACUAUUGCCCUGAAGCUUCGGCAACUCAACAACUACAACGGAUUAGCAGCCGUGCUCGCAGGAAUCAAUGGAAGUGCAAUUCAUCGUCUUGCACAGACCAGAGCUUUGGUUCCAGCUGAAGUACAGAAGCGCUUUGCAAGACUUGUGAUAUUGAUGGGCACUCAAAAGAGUCAUUUCGCGUAUCGCCUUGCAUGGGAGAACUCUUCGCUGCCUCGUAUACCUUUUAUCCCCCUCCACCGACGAGAUCUCGUGUCAGCAGAAGAAGGCAGUCGAACCUUCGUUGGAGCGAAGGCGGAAAGAAUCAACUGGAAGAAAUUCGAGGUACUGUCAGAAGUCAUCUUGCCGAUUAUGAAGAGCCAAGUCGUGCCAUAUCCGAAUCUCUCGAAGCACGACAUUGCCCGAGAGCUGAUUUUAGAUUGUAGAAUGCCCGUUGAUGAUGAAGAAAUAUAUCAACGCAGUCUCCAACUUGAAAGUACUUCAGGAAGUGUAGAAUUUGCUAAAAAGAAGUUUCCUUGGUUUCAGAAGGAAAAGUGA